GGCGCGCACGGCGGGCGCGGGGGCGUGCACGCCGUUGCCAAGCGGCGAGUUCCGGCCGCCGUAGCUCAAGACAAAAGGAAGGAGGAACAUACUAAAAUGUCACCUGAAGUGGCCUUGAACAGAAUUUCUCCAGCACUUUCACCCUUCAUCUCCAGUGUCGUCAGAAAUGGGAAAGUAGGACUAGAUGCUACUAAUUGUUUACGGAUUACAGACUUGAAGUCUGGCUGUACAUCCUUGACCCCUGGACCCAGCUGUGAUCGGUUUAAACUACAUAUCCCGUAUGCGGGAGAAACACUCAAAUGGGAUAUAAUUUUUAACGCUCACUAUCCUGACCUGCCACCAGAUUUUAUCUUUGGAGAGGAUGCUGAAUUUUUGCCAGAUCCUUCUGCCUUGCAUAAUUUAGCAUCCUGGAAUCCUUCAAACCCUGAAUGCCUCCUGCUUGUUGUGAAAGAGCUUGUGCAGCAGUAUCACCAAUUUCAGUGCAGCCGAUUACGGGAGAGCUCUCGUCUCAUGUUUGAGUAUCAGACUUUACUUGAAGAGCCCCAGUAUGGAGAAAACAUGGAAAUCUAUGCUGGCAAAAAAAACAACUGGACUGGAGAAUUCUCAGCUCGCUUCCUCUUGAAGUUGCCUGUAGAUUUCAGCAAUAUUCCUACAUACCUUCUCAAGGAUGUGAAUGAAGACCCUGGAGAAGAUGUUGCGCUUCUCUCCGUUAGUUUUGAGGACGCAGAAGCUACUCAGGUUUUUCCUAAGCUGUACCUCUCCCCACGUAUUGAACAUGCGCUUGGAGGAUCAUCUGCCCUUCACAUCCCAGCCUUUCCUGGUGGAGGUUGUCUCAUCGACUAUGUACCCCAAGUAUGCCAGCUGCUAACAAACAAGGUACAAUAUGUKAUUCAGGGAUACCAUAAGAGAAGAGAGUACAUUGCAGCUUUCCUGAGUCACUUUGGAACUGGUGUGGUGGAAUAUGAUGCAGAAGGAUUCACAAAGCUUACUCUGUUGCUGAUGUGGAAAGAUUUUUGCUUCCUUGUUCACAUUGACCUCCCCCUGUACUUUCCUCGAGACCAACCAACCCUCACGUUUCAGUCCGUCUACCACUUCACCAACAGUGGCCAGCUGUACUCCCAGGCCCAGAAGAAUUACCCGUACAGCCCCCGAUGGGAUGGCAAUGAAAUGGCCAAGAGAGCAAAGACGUAUUUCAAGACAUUUGUCCCUCAGUUCCAGGAGGCAGCAUUUGCUAAUGGGAAGCUUUAGGCAGCUUUGGGCACAGAAACUAUACUGGACAGAUCCUUCAGUCUGCAGAUGUCAGCCCAGAAGAAUGCCUUGAAAUGGGUUGGACUGUCUUGACAGGUGCUCUCUUGCCUCUGAAGUGGUGUUGGUAGCUUCAGUUUUUUGAAACAAAGACCUUCUUCUAGCAUGCUUAGAACUAAAUAYUUGGUAAUAGUCCUUCCCUUUGUCUCUGCCACCACCAUUCCUUUAUGUAUCUAUUUGAUUACAUUUAAAAGCGCGUGUAUUGAUAUGAUAACACUUUCUUGUGCCAACRAUGUCCUGUAUGUUACACCUUGUUUCCUUAUCUUGAGAUGGUCUAGAUUGGACUUUUCCCCCACAGAAAUAUGAUGUAAUGUGUAUAUUUAGUUAACAUUUUUAGGUUAUCCUAAGAAAACAUAAAACUGCUGUAUGUACCGGGAAUGCCUCAUGGACUGUACAGUGCCAUAUUCUGCCUUGGAGGUUUGCGUCUCACUGUGGUUGUUACUCUUACAGGUAUGGAUAUGAGCUGCACACUUCAAUUCUCAGUGCCUUUCUAGUUGGUCUGAAGUUAAUAUGGCAAGGUGUUUGAGGUUUGGUGGUUUUCUCAUACUUCUGUUGGAAGCUCAUCUUAUGUGAAAUGUUAGGUUUUUAUGCUUUGUUUUUAUUUCCAGUUGUACAAUUUUGGURAUGUCCUAAUGAGCACCCCUUGCCAUUACAAAAAAAUUUGACUUCAUUAGUACCAACAUGCAAGUAACUAGUUAUAUAAAUCAGUUUAACAAAAUAAAGCUCUUUCAUAGACUGUAAUUUUUCCAAAUAAAAUAAAUACUGCUAAGAGCUAAACUUUCAACAAGGAAUGAAUGAUAUCUUGGAAAAUAACUGAAGAAAUAAUGUAGGAUUGUAGGUAUUUAGCUUAAUGCUAAAGUUCAACAUACCUUCUCAGAAAUAAUUUUAAGUGUAUAUAACUGGAAACAUUACCUCCCCUAAUUCUGAAAUGCCAAAUGCAAAAUUCCACCUAUUCAUCCUUUCUUUCCUGCUUGUGUCAGGCACAUCAGUUGGGACUAAUGGUCACMAUGUCACUUCCCCAGUUUAUUUGUGAAUAGACCAAGGUACUUUCCAGUAAGGAAUAAAAUUAAAAGAGUAUGUUGCUUAUAAAUGACAUCUGGAAAAURUGUGCUACUUCUGCUAAAUAAAAGGAACUAAAUGAAUAGUAUGCAGAUGAUACAGUGGAAGUGGAAAACAUUUAAUUUUAAAUUAUUCACUAUAGCACUACAUGCAAUGAAAUCUCAUCAUACUACUUGAUUGACAGUGUUCUCCUACCCUGUCUACAACUUACUAUUUCACUUGAAAAACAGUGCUUUUCAGGGCUUAUAUUCACCUAGGAAAUACAGAUAGAUUUUGAGUAGUGACAUUUAAUACUUAAGAAUUAUACAAAUAAUUCACCUCUAGAAACUACAAGUAUUUUUUAGCUAGUUUGUGGCUAAAAUUUAAUUUAUGUUUAAUACUGAAGUUAUUGGCUGAAAAUUAAGCUGCAAACAAAAUCGGAAGCCUUAUUGUAAGUCUGCAGAAGAUCAUAUUCUGUCCUGUGACCCAUCCYUUUGUGACUCUCAGUGCAUUAUCUGAGCACUGUCAGCAUUUCCAGAGGUCUGAGCCUGAAUCCCUCUGUGGAGACAUUACAUGAGGCUUUUGCUUGCUUGGAGCACUCGCAGAAAGUAAUGGUUUUAUGUGAACAGCAAAAUCAUAACUGAACAACCUCAAGCGACCAAGAACACACAUUGUUUAGUAUACUGGGAUGAUCUCACAUCUCUGUUUCUUCAGGUAAAAGCCAAAGCCACAGACACAUAUACAAGAGUAAGUCAACCUUGCUAAUGGGGUGGGAGAAGGAGGGUGGCUAAUGAAAAACAUUUGUUCUCAUAGUGUUCGAAAUCUGAUAGAAACGAUCUCUAGCCAUCUUCAAAAGGUGUAAACCAAACCCUUGAAUGGUGUCAGUACAUUUCUGGAAUCUUACAUUAUAUGACUUUGAUUCAGUGUUGUAGUGAUUGCCSCAUCAUUACAAGUGAUGUGCUCACCCACAGAUCACACAGUGUGUACUUUUAUAUACCUGAUUGCCCAAGUGACACCACUAUUUUUUUUUUAUCUUUUCAGGAGUUACCAUGAUUCAAAGGCUAGCAAUUGCAAAAUACUUUGCAAAGAGGUCSACUUGUCAAAAUUUAGAUUUAUUUUCAAACAAAAAUGCAUUCUUCACCUCAGUCCUAGUCAUUUUGGACAAUGAACUGCUUUAUUUUUAAAGGACUAAGAGUUUCAGAAGCCAUGUGAGAAAGUACGUAGAGGAUACAAAUAGCCUAAACCAGCAAUUCAUUGACUUAAAUUCAUUAGUUUCGCCAACUUUUUCAAUAACAUACAUAUAAACAAAUUAACAGUUUCAGUCUAAUUUGAACAUCAUGCUACAAUUGGUAGUAUUUAAAAAAAAAAAAAGUAGAGAAGGUGAAAAACUGCAGAGUUUGUGUUUAAGAUGAAGUCUGCAAGCCUGUCAGUUUUUAGAUUAGAAGAAAAGGCAUUUUGGUUACACUUACUGAACAUUUUCUUUAUUUUAAGGCCACCCUGCACUCUUUGACCUACACAGUAUUUUAUGGAUCCUUUUCUAAKAGUGCUCAGGAGAAGUAUUGGGAAUGUUAGCACUCCAAAUGGGGUAUUGAGAGGAGAGACACUGAAAUGAGUUAAGGUUUCUCUUCAGAAGAAUUGCCAUAUAAAUACUACACCAGAAGAGAGGGAUAGCUUGAACAAUUUUAUAUCGAACCAAGUAUUCGUUGAAGGCAUUUAAGUCAGCCACAAAAGUUGGGAUCUAAUGAGUUGGAGUUAUUUCUGUUAUCUCCUGUUUUAUUAUAAUUUCCAUUGUGGCCAGUUUUAACAGUGCUGAGACUCUCAGCACUUCCUUCCCUAUUAUGUGAUAUUUGCAAUUGAAGGGAGCAGUCAGACCUAGGCUAUUUUCCUUGGUUUAUGAGAACCACAAAAUGUAGGAGAAAAAUAGCAAUGUUGCAAAUGUACUGAAAAGACUGAACUCUACUCUGUCACAGUUUUAACUGAAAGAAUGCAGUAAGUCUCAAGUACGCCCUGCUAUUGCAGUUUUCCAAAGGUCCUUAAUUCACAACCUUAGUCAAGCCUUCAUUCAUCUACAUACAUAAUCCACUGUGCUAGAAGUAAUACCAAAUCUUASGGAUUCUGAGUCUGGCAUUCUAUAAACUUGCUGGAAAGACUGGACAAACAGCUGGAAGAAUAAAUAAAAGUUAACUAUACCAUG